AUGGAUGAACAGGGAAGGAUAGUCAUGCCGACUGUCGCAGCAACAGGCAGCAGAGGACAACUAACAAGUGACAACAGCACCUCUUACAGGGACUUUUAUGAGGCCAGCAUGGAGAACUUCACUUCUCACCUCAGACAUUCCAGCAGCUCAGGUUUCACAGCAAACAACAGACCUGCCAUUUAUUACAAGCCCAGUUUGGACCUCAUUGACAACCCUCACAUGGGAUUCAUGUUGUCUGAUAACUUCACGUCUCAGACCAAACAGCACUUCCAGCCUCACAUGCAGCCUGCUUGUUCUGGUUCUUUGCCAAACCUGCUCAACAAAUGUAAAGCGAGCGGCUUCCAUCAGCUGACAUGUCCUCCCCAAACGGCCAUCUUGGAGGAGAAGGUUGAACCUCACCAAAGUCACAGCUCUGUGAUGAAAAGUGACUUCAUCAGUCCAGCCUUUCUGCAGGACAAUGAGGCCACACGAGGCCUGUGUGGCCGCUCUUAUCGGGAAUCAGGAUUCACUCGAGGGGCCAUCGCUCCCCUGGCAUGUGACCCAACCUCCCGCCUGUCACCAUUCAAGACUAAAAGUGAAGCACCAACUAAGAAGACCAUUGGAAAAAAGGAGCUCACAGGAUUUCUUUCCAAUGCUUCCAACAGUCAGGCUUUCCCUAAAACACCUUUCGAUUGUUCACAAUUCACCACUCAUUAUGAAAGCAGGUUCUGUCACCCUGCUGUUUAUGAAAAGUUUAAACCUGCCAAUGCUCAAGCAGGUAUAAUGAGCACAAAAAUGGACAAUGGCUACAAUCGUCAAGGCAUGGACAGGUUCAUCUUUAUGGGCUAG